UUUCUUCAUCUCUCCUUAAUUUGUCCUCUUUAAAAGCAGGUCAAGAAGCGACAUAAUUUAUGGUCAUCAAUGCUGUUCACCCCAAAAACCCCCAAACCGUGAUUUGUUUGCCGAUAACAAACGGAAAUGCAAACGAAACAAAGAAGAAAAGAAACCGAUAAUUAUGACCAUUGCAGUUGUAUGCAUGUUUUAAAGAUUCUCUUAUCAGAAAAGCAAAAGAAUGCUUUAACUGUAACAACAUUAAUGGUAGACACAUCGGAAACGUUGCUAAAAGCUACUGCACUUGAAGGUUUUUGUCAUUCAACUCAUUCGCUAUGAAUGAAACACCAGGCUGGAAAGGUUGUAUUUGUAUUUACGUCACAAAAUGAUAGUGAAAAUGCAUAUGAUACGUAUGUAUGUAAGCACACCCUACAAACCCCAACGGAGCGAUUUGGUCGGUGUCGCAAUUCGCGGGAAAAUCGCUACAAUCACGGGCGAGAUUGUGACAAUGCUCCGAACAAUGUGAAUAAUGCCCAACAGAACACAUGAUUCUUCCUCCGCUCCGAAGGCACAUGAUUACAAUGAUUAUACGAUAAACCGUCCAGGGUUUCCUAGCGUGCUGAGCAAAUUUUACGCGCUUACUUUAUCAACGAUCAGUAACGAAGAUCAGUCUCUGCGUUGAUGUUCGUUGAAUCAAGUUGGUACCGCAUUUGUACUUCCUCGAGCUACUCGAGCUACUACUCUGCAACGAAGAUGCAGCGAAGCCUGUUUUCAUCGUACUGUGUAGAAAAUACGGAAGAUAUUUUAAUUCCGAAACAUUUAACCGACCUGCUUGCGGACAGCAGUGACGAGGAGGAAGCCAAAUCAGUUAACGGUGGCCAGAAACGUAGUGCGAAGAUCGAGCCCAUUGCUACGAUCAGUGGUAUCGUUGCGCAGCGAAGCAAUCACGUCAACGUGGAAGGCGCUACUCACAAGCAAGUGGUGGAUCUCAUAAAAUCCGGUGGAGAUACUUUAACACUGACCGUCAUAUCUGUCACACAGCAGGAAGCGGAACGCCUCGAACCAACCGAAGAUCCGGGCGGAUAUUCGUACAUCGAUUACUCGGAGAAGCGCAGCCUGCCUAUUAGUAUUCCGGACUACAAUAUCAUACACCGUGGGAAUGAGCGAUACGUCGUGUUUAACAUCCAUAUGGCCGGACGGCAGUUAUGUUCGCGCCGUUAUCGUGAAUUUUCCAACCUACAUCAACAGCUGAAAAAAGAAUUCUCAGGCUUUAGUUUUCCCAAAAUGCCCGGCAAAUGGCCGUUCCAGCUAAACGAACAGCAGCUGGACGCGAGACGGCGUGGGCUAGAGCAAUAUUUGGAAAAGGUGUGCGCCGUGCGAGUGAUCGCGGAAAGUGACGCUGUGCAGGAAUUUCUCACCGACACGGUAGACGAUCUGGCGGCUUCGCCGGUCGAUAUAAAGAUCAUGCUACCGGACCAUGCGGUUGUGUCCGUGUCGGUGCGCAAGUCGGCCAAUGCACAGCUCGUCUGGGAGCAGCUGGUACAGCGAGCCAAUCUGACCUCGUACACGCAGCAAUACUUUUACCUGUUUGAAAUCGUCGAGUACAACUUCGAGCGUAAGCUGCAACCGCACGAAAUCCCACACCAGCUGUACGUGCAAAACUAUAGUACGGCUUCCAGCACGUGUCUGUGCGUGCGUCGAUGGCUGUUUUCUGUAGAGCGAGAAGUUUCGCUUCCGGUUGGCGAACAGGCGGCCAAGUUUAUUUUCUAUCAGGCCGUCGAUGAGGUUAAUCGUAGCAAUAUUCGGGCAGAUGGACGAUUGUACGAGCUAAAGGCGUUGCAAGAUUCGAAAAAGGCCGAUGAAUAUCUCUCGCUGGCACGUACCUUGCCCGGGUACGGUGAUAUCGUUUUUCCACACUGUGCUUGUGACAGCCGCAAGGAAGGACACGUUGUACCGGCGGUGGGUAUGAAAAGCUUCCGGCUGCAUGCCUGCCGGGAGGAUGGUUCACUCGAGGCACAAACGGUAGAGCUGCAGUGGGCCACCAUUUCGCGCUGGGAAAGCGAUGAGGAAUCGAUGGCAUUUUGCUUUCAGUACAGCCGCUCGGACAAACCGCCCCGGUGGGUGAAAGUGUUUACACCAUACCAUGCGUUCCUGGCUGAUUGCUUCGAUAGGAUAAUGGAGGAACGGGCGUGGGAUGACACGGGAGAGUAAGGAGCGCCUUCGAUAGACGCUUGUCAUGACAAUGCAUUUGAAUCAACCACGAAACGGAAAGGAAAAAUGGUUUAUCAAUUGUAAGCAAUUUGACCUGCAUCAACGGACACCAAGAUGGACCGACGAUGUUAACGGACACAAACAGACACACAUUGUUGCUAAUAAUUUAUUCAUGGCUCGGAGAAAAGGACAACUACACUAACGAAUGGGCAUAAAAACCCCCAUUCACGUUGUUUUGUUGGAUCUAGCAAAAAGUAGGAAACGAGAUUGCAAUCGCUUAAUUUGUAUGUGUGUAUUACUGACUGGACGGGAACUAGGUAAAGAGAGCAUAUAAUAAUACCAUAAAUUCUGCCAUGUUCUAUUAUGAUCUGAUUCAACUUAUAUGUAUAACUAAUCGUGUAGUAGAAGACAAAAAAAAACGCAAAAAACCUAUAUUGCGGGGCACAUAAGAAAUAUUUAUCUCAAAGUAGAACAUCGAAUAGUCUCUCUCUCUCACUCAUCGUGUGUACGCUGUUAACUAGAAACACUGUGCCGUUGUAUUGCCCGGAGCCACUGUACAGUUUAAAAGUAAAAAAAAAACAUGAUACGGCUAUUCGCUGGGAAUCAAUCUCGAAGUAUUAAGUGAAAACCGCUACACCUUUCCAGAGCAAUAUCAAACGGUACGCAACAGUGCCUCUGGUACCACUGGGGGGAGAAUUGUGAAGUUUAAAAUUAGUUCUGCAACAGAUAAGAUUUAACAUAUUUCGGUACGAUUUUGUUCCACGUGAGCAAACGGAGCUAAUUUGUUAGGCAAAUAUUUAAACCGUCGCAAAGGGGAACCUAGAAAACCGUAUAUUAAUUCCUGUAGAAAGCGCGCUUCUUUUAUUCGCAUUUGUUUUCUGUGAUACACAGCCAGUAGAACGUUUUUGCAAUGCAAGUUUUCUAGCGCUUCAUCCCGUGGCUAACGUGACUUUGGCUUCUAAGAGGAGAACGAAGGGAAACGAUUCUUCUUGCUUCCUUCGUAACAACAGUUUAAUUACCGUAUCAAUCCAAAUUUGAAAUAAUUCAAUCCACUCAUUUACCUGCGCGGGUAUAUGGGUGGGUUGAAACGUGUGUUUUAUCCUUCGGUUAAUACAAACAGAGACACCGCAUUCCAAUUUUAUGUUUACAUGAUUGUUGCCUCUGUUUCUUCAUUCCAAUCCGCCAUGAUGCCUUUACAGCAUUACUAUGACGCUAGUCUGCAAGUUUUGAGAUGAAUGGUAUGAAUAAUAGUAGUAGAACGAGGAUAGUUGGAACAGGAACAUUUGUUUAUUGCGGGCUUGGACGGAGGCACAUUAAGACAAAACUAUAACCCCCCCCCCCCCCCCCCCCCCCUUUUUGAUCGGCAAACGGUUUAACGGAUCUCUGUGCAUAAUUAUUAUGUUUAUCAAUGUUGCAAUUAAAACAGUUAUUAGCCAGGUGGACGUAAAAACAAACAAAAAAGGAAACUAAACAACUGUGUAGUAUUUAGAUAUUACUUCUACAAGCUGCAAAAGUAGAGCUAGAUUGGAUUGGUAAUGAAAAAAAAAACAACUGUGUAUGAAGUAGAGUAUGCAAAAUGUAUAUAAAAAUUCCCAAAAAAACACACACGACCAUCAGUUUAGACUGUAGACUCUACCACCACAUACGAAACAAUAGAAUCGUUCACAUCAACAAACAGUGCAUCGCCUAGUUUUGCCGAACAUAUUUAUGACAAUUUUGUGCACCCGAUGAUAAUAUAGGCUUGUGCGCACUACUAUUGAAGCAAUUAACGAAUGAAGAUUUCAAUUAGAAACGUGAAAAUGUGUAGAUAAAGAUGUUGAACAAAAACAGAGAUAAAAAAAAACACACACACACACACUUAAUAUUAGCCUAUUAUAGUUAAAUCAAAAUGGAAACAAAAGAAACAAAACCAUUACAGAGAGCGACAAAGUCGAACGAAUAUAAAUCACAUAAAGCAGCAGUUGCAAUUACACUGUAGCUUGAUAUUUUGGCAUAAGCGCAUUGCAAUUGGUUAAGUAACAACAGAAGAAACAACGGACGAGAACAAUGUUGAUGAAACGGCUAAUUGUUAGAUUAUGGUAAUGAUUCCAGAAAUGUUCUGCGUAUGAUUUUAAUUCCCCAUAUCCGUUUUGAGAACUUUGCAUCUCCACUAACCUGAAGCAGUAAAAGAAGCGAAGCACUGGUAGAUAAACCAAUAGGAAAAUGACAAUUUUUAAGAAAAUAAUCUUAAGAACUAAGUACAUAUAACCUAAGUUCAUAUCGUGAAAUGAACCCCGAUUGCCCGGUACAGAGCAUAAAAUAUGAUGAAGUAUAAAACAAAAUGCAGAUCAGUUAUCAUAAUUUAUUAUAUAUAUGACAGUGAUACUAUAUACUAUAUAAAGUUUUAAAAUUGAUGCUAACAAA